ACAUUCCGUCAAAAUUUUCUGGUGUAUAGUGAGAAAAAAAUCGUUGUUACUAAUGGAAAGCUCGUAAACCUUCAUCGAGAGAAAUAUAGGUGUUAAAAAUGUCUGGAUUUGACGACCCUUUUGGUGAAAAUCCCUUUGCUGAUCCUGCUAUACAGCAGGCGACAAGAGUAACAACAAAUAAACAAUAUUCUUUGGAAGAUUAUAAUCCUUUUGAACAAGAAAAUGUCAAACCUCAGUUACAGAUAAAUUCUGGUAAUAAUGCAGCAGUCGUCCAGCCUUUAUCGCAAAACGCCCCUCCUGCUGCACCAAGCACAAGUAUUCAAAUAACUACUGAAGAAUUGCAGCGUCGACAAGAAGAGUUAGACCGUAAGGCUGCCGAAUUGGAUAGACGUGAACAACAACUACAGGGAAACGUUCCACAACUGAAUAAUUGGCCCCCUUUGCCAGACAAUUUUUGCGUGAAACCAUGCUUUUAUCAGGAUUUCAAUUUGGAAAUUCCUCCAGAAUUUCAAAAACUUGUAAAACACUUAUACUACACAUGGAUGUUUUACACUAUGACUAUGGUCAUCAAUAUAAUUGGCGGCCUGAUUAUUUUGUUUCAUACUGGCAAAAUUACAACAUUUGGCUUGGCUUUAUUUUAUGCAAUGCUGUCCACUCCUGCAUCAUACAUUUGCUGGUUUCGACCGGCAUAUAAAGCCUUCCGCAAUGAUUCCAGCUUUAAUUUCAUGGUAUUUUUCUUCGUGUACUUCUUUCAAACUGUGCUUACAGUUUUCCAAGCCAUUGGCGUUCCUGAUACGGGGUAUUGCGGAUUUAUCAUUGCUAUUUAUCAGUUUAAUUCUUCAGCAGUAGGCAUAAUUGUUGGACUUCUUUUGCUUUGUAUAGCUUUUUGUUUUGCCACAACGGCCGCUGCUAAUAUAAUGAUGAUUACUAAGAUCCAUUCAAUUUACCGCAGCACUGGUGCCAGUAUGGCUAAGGCGCAGCAAGAGUUUGCAACAGAAUUUAUGAGAAAUCAGCACAUACAACAAGCUGCAUCUUCGGCAGUGAAUACAGCAAUAAAUUCACAGAUUAAUAACAGUAGAUACUAAAAACCAUAUUCGCAUAGCACUACACAUAUUAGGCAAGGGUUUUCUUUGCUUUUUAAAUGUUUAAAAUUUCUUCAAUUGUAAGUUACACUAUGAUUAUACAUACAGAUAUGAAUAAAAGCUUGUAAAAUACCCAGCAUAUGUCGAUCA